GAGCUUUGCUCGUGGCGCCGCGGAGCUCCGGAUAGAGGACAUUGAUGCUUGGGCUGCACGUCCAGGGCGCGGCUACCUCGUCCCGCUGACAAUGUGCACAGAAGAUGCAGCCUGACCCGAGCUGCCGUCUGGAGCCCUGGCUGUGCUGGGACCAUGAGGGYCUUGGAGGACAGUCUCUUCUGGAUGCUGCUCCUGGCCCUCUGCUGGGUGGCAAGUGCCACAGAGCAUGCGGAGGUGGCAAAACAUGCCAUCAAGCUGCACCGCGGCAAGGGAGCACCUGCCGCCCAGAGGAGGCAGUGGGCCCUGGACAGCUGCAGGAAGCUCACCGGGCUCCUUCGGCAGAAGAGUGUUGUUCUCCACAAGCUGAAGAGUGCCAUCAGAGCGGUGGAAAAAGACGCUGGCCUGUCAGAUGAAGAGAAGCUGUUCCAGGUGCACACGUUUGAGAUUUUCCAGAAGGAACUGAAUGAAAGUGAGAAUUCCGUCUUCCAGGCCAUCCACGGGCUGCAGAGAGCCCUGCAGGGGGACUACAGAGAYGUGGUCAACAUGAAGGAGAGCAGCAGGCAGCGGCUGGAGGCCCUGCGGGAGGCCGCCAUCAAGGAAGAGACCGAGUAUGUGGAACUUCUCGCCGCAGAAAAACAUCAGGUGGAAGCCCUUAAGCACAUGCAGCAUCAGAACAAGAGCCUCUCCAUGCUGGACGAGAUCCUCGAGGACGUGAGGAGGGCGGCAGAUCGCUUAGAGGAGGAGAUAGAGGAGCAUGCCUUYGAUGACAACAAAUCAGUCAAAGGGGUCAACUUUGAGGCAGUUUUGCGGGUGGAGGAGGAAGAGGCCAGUUCCAAGCAGAACAUCACAAAGCGGGAUGUGGAGGAGGGCCUGGGCUUGAGCAUGCUGAUCGACUCCCAGAACAACCAGUAUGUCCUCACGAAGCCCCGGGACGCCACCAUUCCACGUGCAGACCACCACUUCAUAAAGGACAUUGUCUCCAUAGGCGUGCUGUCCCUACCUUGUGGCUGGCUGUGCACAGCAAUAGGGCUGCCCACCAUGUUUGGGUACAUCAUCUGCGGUGUGCUUCUGGGGCCUUCAGGACUGAACAGCAUCAAGUCCGUGGUCCAGGUGGAGACCCUGGGAGAGUUCGGGGUCUUCUUCAGUCUCUUCCUCGUGGGCCUGGAGUUCUCCCCGGAGAAGCUGAGAAAG